UUAAGAGUGAAUAUUUAAAUAAUGUAUUACAGUUUAUUUCAAUCUUUUACCAUAUAUGUACGUAAUAAAAGAAAAAUAUUAUGUUCAAAUUAUUUUUGUUAACAUUGAACAAUUCAAGAUGGCUGCGCCCAUGAGACAUGUUCUGACUAAGAAUCUUCUUCACAAAUAUAUUAAAGUUGACGUUUGCGCGUCGAAAUCAUUAUCAUUUUGUAAGCAUGGGUUUAAUUUGAAUCCAAUAUUAAGAGAAAACUGCAGUUCACUGUGUGAGAAUGGCAUUAGAAACAUACAUUCUUUACCGCCGCUGCUUCUAACGGAGAGAGCUCAGUCCUGUAGCCGGAACUUCGGGGGAGGUUUUCGGCAAGUAACCGCAUCGUUCUUCACGGCCUCGCAAUACAAUACACGCCAGGGGCACCGUUUUUCUGGCUCUUCGCAUCAGAAAAGUACCGGAAAUUUUUCGUUGGCACUUGGAAUAGGAGGUUUUGCCUUGUGCUCCGCUGGCCUUGCAUUCACUUUCUGGCAGGACGACAAUAAAGAGACGAUAGAAAAAAUGAUCGCAAGAGCAGUGAUAGCAGAGAGGGAGAAUAGACUGGGAGAUGCAGACACGUUCUACCAUCAGGCGACUGUCAUGUGUGAGAAGGAGAAAAACUCACAAGCUCUACUCUAUACCUAUGAUCAGAUGGCUAACUUCAACAUGAGGCAUGGCAGGCUCAUGAAGGCGGAGAACCUCUUCAAGGAGACUCUGAAGCUCCUGCUCACCUCAGGGAUCCAGAAGGAAGAUCCAGGAGUAGUGGAGAUCUCCUUGAAGCUCUCCAGGAUUUAUGAGCGCAUGGGAAGAAAUGAUGAGGCAGAUGUAGGAUUCAAGUGGUGCAUUGAAACAUCAGAGAAGCUUCUCAAAGAUACACCUGAUGAUUCAACAGAAGAAAGCCAUGCCAAGAUUAUGAACCUGAAAUCCCUGCUAGGUAUGUGUCUGGAUGCCUAUGCAAGGUUCCUGGGUGCAACGAACAGCCUAGCUGAGGCAGAGAGGAUGUACUCGAGAGCCUUGGAGAUCUGUGAAGGUGACCUCAAGGUCGAUGGUACACCACACCCACAGACAGUUGUUUUACUGAAUGACCUUGCAACCAUCUGUGAUAUGAGAGGUCAUCGUGAUGAUGCUAUAGAGCAUGUUCAAAGAGCAGUAGAACUGGCCGAGAAAUCGUCCCCAACAGUUUUACCGACCAUCCUCUGUAAUCUGGCUUCCAUGAAGAUGCAUAAAGGUCUGAAGGACGAAGCAAGAGAAAUCUACAAGAGAGCAUUGGCACUAGCUGAGAAAGAAGGUGAUCGGGAAGCAGUCAUCACCAUUCGAGCAAACUUGCAGAAGGUCUUAUGACAAAGUCCCACGGCAUGAUAUUCUAUCUUUAUAGACGGUCUCCCCAUUCAGAUAUGGAAAAUUGUAUGUCUUAUGACAGCAUCCAAUAGCAGGAUACUAUAUCGUGGGGUCAGUGACCCAAAGUCGGAACUCCAUUUUAGCCAUUUUGAGAAAAAGUGGUUUAUGUGUCACUGAGCACUUGGGC